AUGUCGUACCAAAUCCCGCCCCCGAGCUCGCCUGCGCCAGCUGCAGACGACCGACCCCUGCCCCCCGGCUGGAUUAAAGAAUGGGACGACACCUACAAAGCGUGGUACUACGUCGACACAGCGCGCAGAGGCAUCACUGCCGAGAGCGUGGUACCUGAGACCGCCUGUCUUGCGCCAGCUUCAUUGAAGUUUCCACUGUCUAUCCAUAAUCUCACGCAGCUGUUGGCUACACAAAUACAGUGGCGGACAAAAGUAUCUGCACUGCCGCAUCUUCGGGGGAAAAGCGGCUGUCUUUGUCUCGUAGCUUACUACUCGAGCUUACCCCGGAGGGCCCUGGCUCUGAAGAAGGCUAAGGGUGCUAAUACAAAGUACUAA